GGUUUUCAUCACGCUCCACCUUCCUAUUGGCAGCACCCGGGAAGGGGAAAUGACGCACUUCCGGUGUAAUGGCGCCGCGGUGGAGCUUUAGGUGAUGUUUGGAGACAGUAAAAGUAGACUGUCAAGGAAUUCAGACCAACGAAUUCAAACCAUUGUUACGUGAACCAACUUGAAGGGUCUGAUACAUUGGGUCAGCUGCCAUCAUAAAAUGAAACACUCUUCUGGUCAUGACAGGAGGGAAAGCUACAGUUCAUACCAGAGGAACUCCUCUCCAGAGGACAGAUAUGCAGAACAAGAAAGGUCCUCUCAGAAUAGAGAUUACUCUGAUUACAGCCGGUCGAACCAUGAACGUUCAAGAAGAGGACAUUCUUAUGAUGGCAACAUGGAAUCACGAAGUAGGGAUCGAGAAAAACGCAGAGAAAGAGAAAGAGAUACAGAUCGGAAAAGAUCACGGAAAUCCCUAUCUCCUGGAAGAAGAAGUCCAGAACUAGCAGCAACCCAGAAUUCUGCUCAGGAUGAGCCGCACACAAAGAAGAAGAAAGAUGAAUUGGAUCCUCUCCUCACUCGCACUGGGGGAGCAUACAUUCCUCCUGCAAAGCUCAGGAUGAUGCAAGAACAGAUUACAGAUAAAAACAGCCUCGCAUACCAGAGGAUGAGCUGGGAAGCUCUGAAGAAAUCAAUCAAUGGUCUCAUCAACAAAGUCAACAUCUCCAACAUAAGCAUUAUUAUUAAAGAGCUUUUACAAGAAAACAUAGUUAGAGGAAGAGGGCUGCUGUCCAGAUCUGUUUUGCAAGCGCAAAGUGCUUCUCCCAUUUUCACCCAUGUUUAUGCAGCUUUGGUGGCUAUUAUCAACUCAAAGUUCCCACGAAUUGGAGAAUUGAUCCUCAAAAGACUAAUUCUUAAUUUUCGGAAAGGGUAUCGAAGAAAUGAUAAGCAACUUUGUCUGACUGCUUCAAAAUUUGUGGCACAUCUUAUUAACCAAAAUGUGGCACAUGAAGUUUUAUGCUUAGAGAUGCUUACUUUACUAUUGGAAAGACCAACAGAUGAUAGUGUUGAAGUAGCUAUUGGCUUUCUUAAGGAAUGCGGCCUCAAAUUAACACAAGUGUCACCACGAGGAGUCAAUGCUAUCUUUGAACGCCUUCGAAACAUUCUACAUGAGUCUGAAAUUGACAAAAGAGUUCAAUAUAUGAUUGAAGUAAUGUUUGCUGUACGAAAAGAUGGAUUUAAGGACCAUCCUGUUAUCCUGGAAGGACUUGACUUAGUGGAAGAGGAUGAUCAGUUUACCCAUAUGCUCCCCUUGGAGGAUGACUAUAAUCCAGAAGAUGUUCUUAAUGUUUUCAAGAUGGAUCCUAAUUUUAUGGAGAAUGAAGAGAAGUACAAAGCUAUUAAGAAGGAAAUUCUUGAUGAAGGAGACAGUGAUUCAAAUACAGACCAGGAUGCAGAAAGUAGUAAAGAUGAGGAUGAAGACGAAGAAGAGGAGGAAGGCGAAGAAGACGACGAAGGACAAAAAGUGACUAUUCAUGACAAAACAGAAAUUAACCUGGUCUCAUUUCGUCGUACAAUAUAUCUUGCUAUUCAGUCAAGUUUAGAUUUUGAGGAAUGUGCUCACAAGCUGCUGAAAAUGGAAUUUCCUGAGAGUCAAACAAAAGAACUCUGCAAUAUGAUACUUGAUUGCUGUGCCCAACAAAGGACUUAUGAGAAAUUUUUUGGCUUGUUAGCUGGGCGAUUUUGUAUGCUGAAAAAAGAAUACAUGGAAUCAUUUGAAGGUAUAUUCAAAGAACAGUAUGAUACCAUCCAUCGCUUAGAAACAAACAAAUUGAGGAAUGUUGCUAAGAUGUUCGCUCAUCUUUUAUACACUGAUUCACUUCCCUGGAGUGUUCUUGAAUGUAUAAAACUGAGUGAAGAAACUACUACAUCGUCUAGUAGAAUUUUUGUCAAAAUAUUUUUCCAGGAACUAUGUGAAUACAUGGGUCUUCCUAAACUCAAUGCAAGAUUAAAGGAUGACCCCUGUAACUGUAUCACACCAUGUCUCCUCUCAGUUCAGCCAGUGGCUCUGAUGGAACCAGGAAACUACUGCUUUCAUAGAAUAAGGUGCUUAUUCUGUGAAAUAAACCCAGUUGUCCCACUCCUUUUAGGGAGUGAUGUUACUAUAAUUAUAUCUCAUUUUUUGCAUGCAGCAAAAGACACAAGGAAGAAGAGACCAGAGAAAACUAGAAGUAAAGUAGACAAAUCAGCUAGGGACCGACCAACAAGUGACAGGAGCCGGGAAGGAAGAAGAGAGCAAAGUCACCAGGAAGCAAGGACUGAGAGAGAACCAAGGGCAGAGAGACAUAGAAGUCACAACUCUAGAGACGCCAAUUGGAGAGCUCCCUUAACAAGACACAAGGCAGACAGAGGUAGUCCUUCGGAAGAAGACAGCUACAGCAGGGUUGGGAAUGGCCGAGACCAACACGUGCACGUGGGUUUGGAAAACAAGCAUGGUGACCCAAGGAAGAGAGGAGAGAGAAGAAAUUCUUUUCCUGAAAACGAGAAGCAAAGUACCCGAAAUCAGGACAGUGAAAAGUUUAGAAGAAAAGAUAGAUCAAAGUCAAGGGAAAGGAACAGGAAACAUUCGGGCUAUAGAAGUGAUGAAGACAGGUAUCAGAAUGGUUCUGAGAGACGAUGGGAAAAACCUAACAGAUACUCUGAACAUUCCAGAGAGUCACAGAGAAAUCAGGACCGGAGAAGAGAAAAGUCUCCAGCAAAACAAAAAUAGUUCUACGAAAUAACAGACUGAACAUGUCUUAUGUUCAGUUCAAAGGAGUAUUUUUGCAUUGAUGGACUUUAUAGAAAACUCUUGUGUAAAGUAUCAGUUUGUAUUUGUAAAUUUUUUACAUGUUUUUAUUUCAACAUGUUUUAUAAUUGAUAAUCUCAAGGUCCUCCAUGUAAAUCUAUUGAGAAAAAAGUCUCAACAGAAAAGGAGUAUAAGUCUUGCUUAUAUUUUAUGAAUAAAAUGAUCAAAUACUCA